GAUUCUGUAACUGAUUUGAUGAUGACAAUUGCAAAAUUAGACAGCAAUGGUAUAGAAAUUAUACCAGAAGGUGAGUCAAGCUCAUCAAACAAGCAUGGAAACUCCCCAUCUUUAGUCGAUAGUUCAACAGGACCCGGAGAAAACAGGCCCACUACUUCAAAUAUCUCUGCAGGAGCUGCAACUGGAUCAAAUGAUUCUCAGAAAGAUGAUCCUAACGAGGACUGGUGCGCAGUGUGUAUGGACGGAGGAGAAUUGGUCUGCUGUGAUAAUUGCCCAAAAGUAUUCCACAUCUAUUGUCACAUCCCAAGUCUCGGCUCAAUCCCUGGGGAGACAGAAUCAUGGCAGUGUCUUCUCUGCACUGAUAUCACUAAUUUUGUGGCCGAAGCUCAAAACUGCAAAAGUAAAAAAGUAAAAGGUAAAUUAUCUCCAGGGGAACAGAAAUUGAUGGAAAGAAUUCUCCUAGAACUAUACUGCCAGUACGAUCCCAGCAUGCACUUCAGAGAGCUGGUCCCACAAUCCUGCGCCGAUUAUUACCAAAAAAUUAAGAGGCCCAUCUCAUUAGACAUGAUCAGAACGAAAUUAAAUCCUAACUGUGAGUCGGGCUACAAAAGUGUAAGCGAAGUCAUUGGAGAUAUCAGGCAAGUUUUCAAAAACGCUUAUGAGUAUAACGAUAAAGAAUCACAAGUGUACAGUGAUGCCAAGAGCUUGGAAGAAUUUUUGGAUCAAAUGUUGGAAAAGUGGCUUCCAGACUAUGCUUAUGAUGAAGGACUCAGAACAUCUGAUGAUCGGGACGACGACUACCAUAUCCCAAGUGAUGAUGAUGAGAGCUCUCAGCCUGCCAAGAAGUACAGGCGUGUAACUUUAGAAGAUGACGAAGAAUGACCUACGGCUUGCUCUGAAAAUUCGGUUUUGGAAUCGAACCCCUCACCGCUCCCCAAUCUCAAUACAUCUACCUCAGAACCCACUGAAAGUAACCCUGACCCCAAACCUGUGUCUAAUCCCUCCCCCAAGUCCGACGCCAAUGAUACUCUCCUAGCUAAACUACUUUUGAAGAAAGAACCUACCGAGAGAAUCCAUUCCGAAAUUUCAGAACCUCAUCCAGUAGACAAUUUUUCAUCCAGCCCUUUUCUUGUUCAUCAGAAUAAGGAGCACGAAUCAACAGAGUCGUCACAUGGUAAUGUGCCGCGUAUUCCUGAUAAUUUUAAUUUGAGCUUAAAGUUUGACUAUGACUCGCGUCCUGUCUCGCUUGAAAAAACAAAAUGUUUUCCGCAAGAUAGAAACAAUCCUAUUCUAGACAAAAAUAUGGCUUGUCCCAACUUACCCAGCUCAGUUCCUAAUUCUUUCCUAAGUCCGAGUCCUGUGUGCAAAGAGUGUCCUCCAGUUAACCUGGAAUCUUUCCGACCAGUACCUCCUCGAAGAGUCCCCGAGGUUCCUCGGAACUAUCUUGAUUGCUGCAAAGUUUACCGAUACCCAGUUCCUGUCAGCAGACCUCCGCCUCCUUUUCCUACUUUCUUCAGACCACCAAUGCCAUUGAACACCAAUGCUUGCAUAAAUUUUCCCCCCAGCAAACAAUGUUGUGUUGAUUUCAAUCCCAACCGAUUCCACCACUCUGCUAACCAGGGCAUCUUAAAUAGGCCAAUAAUUCAGAAUAGAUUUGUAUCUCCCGUUCCAUACAGUGGUUUUCCGCAAAACAAUUUCAUCCCAUGCACAGUUGCAAACUGUUCCAAAAGUUUUGGUCAAAUGCCUGCCUUAUCGUUCAUGCACCAAUCUCACUGUGAAGAUCUUGAUAUCAAACCUCAUCAUUUAAACAAUCAAUCUAACUUUUCUCCUAUGUAAAUAAAACUGUAAAGUUCACUCUGUCAUUAAAGGUACAGCAUCAAAGGCGCCAUAAACAUGCCAAGGAAGUAUCAGAGGUUGGAUCAUUGCAUUUCACUCUGCGUUAUUUUACAUGAGCUUUUAUUUGUUGGCAGCAAUCAAGUAGGAGUGAACAUAAAAUAAUCAUCAAGAACCGCACAAGAAAAAGUUUAAAGCUGCGUAGAUAAGAAUUCACUUGCAUGGCAUUUUUUCUUGUAAAUUUAAUUUAUGUGCAGGUGAGUCCUUAUUUUCAUGGUUUUGAGAAUUCUGCUGUUCGAAUCCCUGUGUAUGAUACCAAAAAUUUAUCAUGUUUGACUUGGGCAAAACAGAUUGUACAUGCGCUUAAGAUGCUGUAUCUUCAAAUCACUUAAGAUUCAAUACUUACUUGGAAUCCAUACUAUCUUAAAAGCUGAAACUUAAAAAGAAUGGAUCAUUUA